AUGUUCCGGAUACUACCCACUGUCGCCCCGACAUUCCGAGUCGGAUCGGCAUUGAAGCCUCCUCGGAUAGUUUUGGCCAGCUCCAGAAUCCUGCCCUUGCGAUUUUUGCGUGAUUCUCCCGCCAUUCGCUCGACUUUUAGCGAACAGCCUAUACUUAACGAACCAAACACUCCAAAAGACUCGAAAACUCCACAGAAAGUGGUGACACUUACCCGAAAUGGGAAGCCUUCAGUAUUCUCUACCGAGGAACUUGAAUCUGCUCGACUUGCACGGUUAGCCGCCCUUAAACCAUGGAUGUUGAAGCUUCCAGAGAAAUGGGUUCCAUACCUUGAACUCAUGCGUUUGGAAAAACCUACCGGAACUCUCUUGUUGUUAAUACCAUCAUUUUGGGGUAUCACAAUGGGUGCAUACGCUGUAGCUGCCCCGCUUACAACCACCUUGACGGCCAUGGCCUUGUUUUCUAUUGGUGCAGUUAUCAUGAGAGGUGCUGGCUGUACUAUCAACGAUAUUUGGGACAGAGACUUGGAUAAUCAGGUGGCCAGAACCAUGGAAAGACCUAUUACUAGUGGUAGAGUAUCUGUUCCGCAGGCUGUGACAUGGUUGGGUGUGCAAUGUUUGGCUGGCUUGGCCGUAUUGCUAUCACUUCCAGUGGAAUGCUUCUUGUUGGGUGCAUUGUCAUUACCAUUCGUGGCAGUUUAUCCUCUCUUCAAAAGAUUCACCUAUUACCCUCAAGUGGUCCUUUCUAUUGCAUUCGGCUGGGGCUGUUUGUUGGGAUUUCCUGCUGUUGGGGCUCCGUUGGAUUUGUGGGUGGCUGGGCCUCUUUUCUUCUCCAAAUUCUUGUGGAGCAUGAUCUAUGACACCGUGUACGCUCACCAAGAUAAGGCUUUUGAUAUCAAGGCCGGUAUUAAAUCAACAGCUUUGGCGUGGGGUGAUAAGUCCCGUACUAUCAUGUACUCCUUAGGUGCACUUCAGGUUGCUUCUUUCGUUGGAGCAGGUUUCAUGAACUCCAUGGGCCCAUUCUUCUACUUGGGUGCUGCCUGGGGCUUCACUAGAUUCUUCGCAAAGUUGAAGAACACAAAUUUGGACGAUCCAGAUAGCUGCUGGAAGUUUUUCACGGGAAAUAUUAGAAACGGUGAGAUCAUGUGGCUUGGAAUGUUCUUGGACUACUUGUUGAAGAUCUUUGGAUUCUUGUAA